ACUAUUUCAGCAAGUUUAUGGACAGUUGAGCCAGUUGGUUGCUUUCGAGACUCAUACGUAGAACCCCGACCACUUCCCGAACUAAUAGCCAACUUCCGAGACACUAUCGAUCGUAAGGAUAUAAACAAAACUGUCAGAGCAUGCGCAGCGAAAGCCAGGGAUAAAGGAUACAAGUUCUUUGGCAUCCAGUUUUAUACUGAGUGUUGGAGUGGUACUGGGGCCGAGACAACCUACGCUAGGGACGGGAUAUCAGUAGACUGCGACAGCGGUGUCGGCAAAUCAGGCGCAAUUUUUGUAUAUAGAUUUGGGGACUAUAGUAAGUAUCUUACGAGAGAGAUGUAGCCAUCAAUAGAAUGAAGACGAUGUGAACUGCGGAAACAAUUUUUGAAAUGUUGAAUGAAGAUAUGGUCGUUACAGUGGUAGUUGCAAUUGAAGCAAUUGGAAAUUAACCCGAAAAAAAAGAAUCUGGACUUCGAACCAAUGGCCUCUGCGGUAGUGCUGCAGUGAGCUACGGAAGACCCAUACAUUGGAAGAAGGCCAAUUUGCUGAGUUCAUCUUAACCCCUUGAAAGGAAUGAAACGUAGAAUGAGAGUGAUGUGAACUGCGGAAAUACAAAUUUAAAUGAACACAUUGUAAUUCAGCAAAUUGGCCUGCGCCCGAUGUAUGCGUCUUCAUAACUCAGCGCUAACAUAAGUUCGAAUCCAGUUGAAGUUCUGAAAUUUUUGUCGGCUUAAUUUGCAAUUGCUUAAACUGAAAUAACCACUGCGAGGACCACAUCUUCAUUUAAAUAGUAAUCAAUUUGAAAAUCCCUCAUAUUGGUAAAUGAGCGGAUGAAAACUGUCUCAAACAAGUAUGGCGCCCGUUCGGGGCACUUCCUUUUUUGGACUAAACGGGUGUGUGCCGCGCGCUGAACAGGGUAUGGUUUUAAUGGUCUUGAGUCUUAGAUCAUUGGUCAAGGGCUCCUGACAGGGUGAACAAUUUGAUUAUUUCGCGUCUUGAACAGGUGUUUUUGAACUGGAAGUCUUGAAAAGAAUGUGAAGGUUGGUAGUGAGUGGUCUAGAAACAUCAUACAAGGCUGAGUAUGUUCUAUACAAAUUUCGAUCUUACUUGCAACUAUUUCAAAAACUCAUUUAUAAUUCAUAAAGAAAAAAAAAAACAAAAGAAAUUAAUGCUUAAUGAGUGUCUUUAUAUCUGAUAAAGACACGGCUAAACUUUACGUCCAAUUUUUUAGACCAAAAUAAUCACAACUCUAAAUAUUAGUGCAAGAAUGAGUUGAUCAAUAUCAGAGAUUUUAACGCCGUUCAAAAAAAGAGCAGAAGAGUAGUCUGCUUGAGUCUUUAACCCUUUAAACCCUAAGAUCAAAAUUUGAAUUCUCAUUUGUUGCUCCUAUUCAUUUCCUAAUGAAGAAGUGGGGAGAAGUUGAUAAAAUAUCAAGAAAAUUCAUCUUGUGUGAUCAUGUCUGUAAUUCUCAUAACCACUUUGUUCUACAAAGCAUUGAUAUUACAAGGAGAAAUUUAAUGCUGGUCACUCUUAGGGAUUAAAGGGUUAAACAGUACUUAAUAAAUUUCUAUAUCAAACAGCUAAGCUGUAUUUCUUUUUUAGAGCCGCCAUGUUCUUCUUGUAAACAGCCGCGACACCUGUGUUUUCCCGCCAUUUCUCACGUGACCCUAGAGUCAGGUGCAAACAUCAGUAUGAGGCAGCUGGGGAUUGGUGACAAAGUUCGGACACUGGGCAUGAAUGGAGAAACCAUUUACACUGAAGUAAUUGCUUUCCUACAUAAGGAGACAAAAACUGACGCAGAAUUUUACAAGUUUGAAAUCAGCACAGGUAACGUUGUAAUGUUAUCUCCACAACAUUUGAUCUUUCGAAAAGAAAACUCGACGUCCCCUGCUGCUGCGGUCUUUGCCUCAGAUAUCAAGCUCGGAAACUUGCUUUAUACAUCGAACGAGAGAGUCGCUAGAUAUAAAGCAGUAACCCGGAUCUCCAUGGUAACAGAGACAGGCGUGUAUGCCCCUUUAACCAAGGAAGGAACGCUAUUAGUGAAUGGUGUUCUCGUGUCGUGCUACGCCAGCUGGCCUUCCCAUGAGGCAGCACAUUUUGUAAUGGCGCCGUUAAGAGGCUUGUACGCCAUCACUGGAGCCUGUAAACGACUGGUCAGCUUCAUAGAUUGGACAUUCUGGAAUGAUUUCCAACGGAUGGAUGGAAUUUCAUGGUACGCCUUAGGACUUGCCGCUUUAACGGACAUUUUCCUUUAA